AUGUAUAGACGGGCGGGUGGGGAGCUCUCACCUUCGCCAAGGCGUGCUUGUGUUGGGCCGCUGCCGCCGCCUCCAUCCCCGCCGCUGCCGACAGCAACAUCGACAACAGCAGUUAUUGACCGUGAUGCCAAGGCUUUGCAGGAGGUCCUCCAACAAAUGGAUGAGACAUUCCACGCUGGUAAUAACGAAGACGAACGGAGGUCGAGGCUGCACCAGUUAGAGGAGCGGCAGAUGGCCCUUCAGCGUCUAUGCGAAGCGGCUUUGCGGCAAGAUGAGACUCAUAAUGGUCAUCUAAAGCGCCACGAAUCGGGCAUUGUGUCGACACCACGGUCUGUAGAAAACUACUUGAUCUACGAGGACCCGGCCGCGGUGGCGUACAGCGUGGCGCGCAGUACGAGCCGCAACGGCAUCUGUUCAACGCCGUUGCUGGCACCACCGCCACCAAUGCUACCACCGCGCGCCGUCGUCAGAGAGGCCACAUCAACCAUAGAGGUGACAGCAUUACAACGUGAGGAAAGCAGUAGGGAUCGACCACAACUUCAGCCGACACAGAUGGCACCAGCAAGCAAAAAGACGAUACCCGGAUCGAAGCCGUUGCAUCCGCUGCCAUCACCGAUGCCGCUCCCUGACGGCGCGGCACUUCAAGAGGAUCGUCGCCUCGUGGAGGCAUUUCUCAGCGCGGCGCAGGCGGAGACAUGUCAUCCCUAUGCAAUGAAAGAAGAGGGUGAAGAACGAUGCCCGCCCUUGAGGCCUGUGCCAUUGCAGUUAAGGCGGGUCGCCCAUCAAGCCUCUGAGAAUGGUGUUGCUCUAGAGCGGGGCACAUCGCAAGAGAAUUUCGACGUGAAGGAGGACGAGCAGUUGAUUAAGCUGAUACUACGACGUGUUCAACCACCACCGAAAGGCCCUUUGCAGGAAAAUAGCACUGUCCCCGCUGCCAAUCAUCCCAACUCUGUUUCUGCCCAUGCAACGGAUGCAACAUCGAGGAGAGAGGACUUGUUGCACAAGUUGGGGGACGGCACAUCGGACUCCUCCAGCGGCACAAGGCUUCCCAACAAGAGCAAAGGGCACCGCCGCAAUGAACACGCUGUGUCACCACGUCUAGAGGUGACAGCAGCGAGGGGGGAGGAUGAGGAGGAAGAGGAAGAGGAAGCGCCCUCCUCUGCCGUGGGCGAGCUUCAUGAGCUUGUACAUGAAAACCACGCUCUGCAGAGGGAGCUUGAAACACAGGACGGCGCCCUCCGCGAGCUGACACAAAAAACGGAGAGCCUAGCACGCCAUCUUGUGAAGGCAAUGCGGGAACGGGCACAACUGCAAUACCGAAAGGAGCGGCUUGAGGAACUACUAGAAGCUGCCAAUGCAGAAGUUAGAAGGCUACAGCAAGUUGCGGAGGUAGAGAGUAAGGCCAUGUGCGGUGUGGCUGGUUUACGUGCGGCGUUGCAUGCAAAGGAACGCGAGUUGCGUAUUUGUGAGGAAGAGCUACUGCGUCUGCGGGGCAUUGUUGAGCAGCGUGUGACUCGGUCAGGGAAUAUCCCCAUGCAGCGGGAAUCCACCGCGGUGCUCGCACAAGUAAAUGGUGAUGUGGAGGAGCUGAUAGAGGAGCUCGCGGCUGCGCACAUCCGUCAACAUGAAGCGGAGGCUCACGCGAAGUCUAUCACGGAGGAGCUAGAGGCCGCGCAGACACAUAUUCAUCUCCUUGACAACCGUCUUGCAGAGGCAGAAAAGGCAGCAGUGGCACAGAGGUUACGUGAGAUGCAGGAGCGUCUCUUAUCUGGCGGUGAAUUAACCUCCCUGCCAUCCUCUUCGUUACCGUCAUCGACAGCAUCUCCCCCACUUCCAGUAGCAGAAGACGUUGCAACUUGGCCAGCUACUGCCCGGCGCGAGCUCGCCCGUCUCGCCUCCCAUGCAGAAGGUCUUGUGCUGCGCCACGCUGAGAGUGACCGUCAUGCGGAGUUGCGCCUGUCGCAUGCACGGAGAGACAACGAUGAGCUCCGCACACGGUGUCGCGCUCAUGAGGCGGAGUUGAAGGCGUUAGAAGCGGAGGCGGAAGUGCUACGGCGGGAGCGUGCAGCUUGGAAAUUGUGCGAGCGACGGUGGCACCAGCAGCUUCUGGAUGUUAAGGAUGAUGCGGUAAUGCUCUUGGAAGUGCUGCAAUCCACAGGAAACAGUGCGGAGAAAGUCCUACGGUCACUUGCAACAGGCAGCGGAGACCGUCUUCAAGUGCCCUCACAUAUUGAGAGAUUUGUGAAGAACGUACUGCGCGACUUGGAAACAACGGGACGCUUUCUCACGGCUCUGCAAUGGAUGGACCUUGCCACUUCCCCGAAGCAGGAGCAGAAGCAGCAGCGCACGGUAAAGCCAAUUCUCUCAGCUGCCACAAAAGCGAGAAGAGACUUUGUUUUGCGGGCUGUCAAAGUCGCCAUGAUGAGUGACGCAUCACCACCGUCGCGAACGCAACAACAGUUUGAGGCUGUGCCGGAGCCUCUACCGCAAUCGCCCUUUGCUCAGCAGGUACAAAGACAGGGAUGGACGGUGAUGCCGGAGGCGGAUGAGGGUAAUGGAAAAGAGCGCUCUUCUCUCUUGGGGAAAUCGGGACUGACUUCCGAUUCUUUUAUUUCGCGGUUGCUACAAUGGCAGGAAGACGCUGCCGCCAGAGACACCACAAGUGAAGAACGGUGUCGUGCACAUACACAGUCGCAGCCCAGCGAUAGAAUGAAGAAGAGAAAACAUCCACUCGCCGCUCCUAUCGAUGAAUCAAGCAGGCGUGCGACACCUUCACCGUGUGGCAUAGCAGUUCCCUCGCCCUCUUCCCAAAAGCAGCAUCUCCAGCAGGUGGGUAAGUUGCCACCGCCGCCGCCUUCAGGGCAGACUGAGAGGCAGGGCACGCCGAAACGAUGGCUGCCACCUCCUCCGCUGCGGGCGGCAAAUUGCGACGAUGCACUGAGCGGGGGCACCACUAACCCUAUAUCCUCUACUAUGGGGGGGGCUACAGAGAAGUCGUCCAGCAUCGUGCGAGGCCUUCGUCCCUCUGCGAAUGACGCUGUCGUGGGAGCAGAAUCAGCAUGUCGCCCACAGGUCAACAACGAGGCUGAUGUAUGUCUUGUCAAGCAAUCACCUCCCCGUGCGUCGCCAUCGCACUCUAGUUGUUGUGAGGAAGUAGAAGAGGUGGUGGAGCUCCUCGAUCGUGAAAAGAAGCCGGGUACCAGCUGUGUUGUGUCAUCACUUCCAUCCUUCAAUGACAAUGUGAACCAGAGCGAAGGGGUGUGCCUGCCAUCGGUGCAACAAGACCCGUUGAGGCAAACCCCUUUGAACAAUUCGCAUGUGCAGUCAAGUGAUGCCGUCUCCGCCCGCGUCGAAAGCAACUCUGUUUCGGGUCUGGUAAAGUAUAAUACCGAAGUUGUGGCGCCGACGCGAGCUACGCAAAAAGCCUCUGAGGGUAACAAUCACCCCAUUGAGGCCAACGGUGGGGGCAAAGCCACUUCGGCCACGGUAGCCCUUGUUGAUGAUAGCAGCGAGCCACGCUUGCACAUGACAUCACUGCGGAAGAACGGUCCACAGCAGCAACAACAACAACAUCAAUCGUUAUCCAAUGAUCCACCACAGCAACAACAGCAGCAGCAACAACAACAAAAGAAAGAAAACAGUGGCGAAAAUCUUCCUAUUUCUUCAGAAACAAGUGGUUCUGUGACGCUGCAACUGCCGGAUUCACACUCCUCUCCCGCAGCUGGUGCCGGUCAUGUGCCAUCGCUUUCACGGCCAACGACCGGUGGUCGCUCUGAUGUCCUUGCACCAAGUUUGCCUGAACCACGACAGUCAACUGUGCGACGCCCUUCGCUCACAGUUCCGUUGGUGGAAGCGCCAACAACAAUAACACUUCCAGUCGCAGCCAAAACUACUGCGCCUCCCAUGCAACAGGCGCAAGCGAGUACCGCACCCCCAGAGACAGUAGGCCAUGUGAGCGAGCCGCCGCGGCGUUCCUCGGUCACCAUGGACUUCCCAUCAGUUCGGCACCCAACACUUGGCCCAGGCAAGCGGCGUGUGGGCGAAGGGGAGGAAUCUGAGGCAUCCGCAACAGCGCCCGACGCGGAUUGA